AACCUAACUUUUCUUGACGAUAACAAAACGUUGAAAACUUAAAAUCUAAAUAGCUGUAAAGAAAUAAAGAAAAGAAAGUAAGGAGCAUAUAACUGAGAUAUAUCAGAAUGGAUGCAGAUUUAUAUGAUGAGUUUGGUAAUUACAUUGGUCCUGAAUUGGACAGUGAUGACGAAGAGGAGGAAGAACAGGAACAAGUGGAUGAAGAUGAGCGACAAGAGUUUGAUGAUGAACAAAUGGAAGACGAGCCUCAGCCAAUGGCUAUCGUCUUACAUGAAGACAAGCAGUACUAUCCAUCAGCUUUGCAAGUGUAUGGGCCAGAUGUUGAAACAAUAGUUCAGGAAGAAGAUGCUCAGGCAUUAGAUGUACCAUUAGUGGAACCAGUGAAGAAAAAGAAGUUCCAAUUGAGAGAACAAGAUCUGCCAGAGACUGUUUACAGCAUGGAAUUCCUUGCUGACAUGAUGGACAAUACAUCUUUGAUCAGAAAUGUUGCACUGGUAGGACACUUGCAUCAUGGAAAGACUUCCUUUGUAGACUGUCUGAUCAGACAGACUCACCCUGGAUAUAGAGAUAAUGAAGAGAGGAAUUUGAGAUACACAGACACACUAUUUACAGAACAAGAACGUGGUUGUUCCAUCAAGUCUGUUCCUGUGACUUUAUUGUUGCAGGACAUCAAGAACAAAAGUUAUCUGAUGAAUAUUUUUGACACACCAGGGCAUGUAAAUUUUUCUGAUGAAGUAACAGCUGCUAUGAGACUUUGUGAUGGUAUUGUAUUGUUUGUGGAUGCUGCUGAAGGGGUCAUGUUGAACACAGAGCGUCUUCUGAAGCAUGCUGCACAAGAACAGUUGCAGAUAACUGUAUGCAUAAAUAAAAUUGAUAGAUUAAUGCUGGAGUUGAAAUUGCCUCCACAAGAUGCCUACUAUAAGCUCAGGCACAUAGUGGAGGAAAUAAAUGGUUUGCUUACUUUAUAUUCAGAUGAUGCCAAUCCCCAUAUAGUGUCCCCAGUAUUGGGGAAUGUAUGCUUUGCUAGUGCCCAAUAUGGUGUUUGUUUCACAUUGAAAUCCUUUGCUAAUAUCUACAACUUGUACUAUGGAGAAGUGAAUAUUGAUGAGUUCUCUAAACGGUUAUGGGGAGAUAUAUACUUCAACCCCAAAUCAAGAAAAUUCACCAAAAAAGCUCCUCACAAUUCAGCCCAAAGAACUUUUGUGGAAUUCAUUCUGGAACCUCUGUAUAAAGUUUUUGCCCAAGUAGUAGGUGAUGUUGAUGCAAGUUUAUUGGAAGUAAUGGAUGAACUGGGAAUAAAGCUUACCAAAAAUGAGAUGAAACUAAACAUUAGACCUCUUCUAAGACUAGUUUGUGACAAGUUCCUAGGAGACUUCAAUGGGUUUGUGAACAUGUGUGUAGAACACAUAAGCUCUCCUCUAGAUAAUGCAAAAAAGAAGGUAGACCACAUCUAUACAGGCCCCACAACUAGUAAAAUCUAUGAUGACAUGGUAAAUUGUGAUCAGGAAGGUUUAUUGAUGGUGCACAGUUCUAAAAUGUAUCCAACUGAAGAUUGCACAUUUUUCCAAGUACUAGGUAGGGUCAUGAGUGGUACUUUACAUGCUGGCACUGAUGUGAGAAUAUUAGGAGAAAACUAUACUUUGCAGGAUGAGGAAGAUUCCAGAAUCUUGACUAUAGGAAGACUAUGGAUUUAUGAGUCAAGAUACAAAGUGGAAUUGAAUCGUGUACCAGCUGGAAACUGGGUCCUUAUAGAAGGCAUAGACCAAUCUAUUGUCAAAACAGCUACAUUAACUGACUUGACAAUUCAUGAUGAACUCUAUAUCUUCCGUCCACUUAAGUUCAACACACAGAGCAUUAUUAAAAUAGCAGUUGAGCCAGUCAAUCCAUCUGAAUUACCAAAAAUGUUGGAUGGAUUGAGAAAAGUCAACAAGUCCUACCCUUUGCUAACCACCAGAGUGGAAGAGAGUGGGGAACAUGUUGUUUUGGGAACAGGAGAGCUGUAUUUGGACUGUGUUAUGCAUGAUUUACGGAAAAUGUAUUCAGAAAUUGAUAUCAAAGUAGCUGAUCCAGUGGUUGCAUUCUGUGAAACUGUAGUGGAAACUUCAAGUUUGAAAUGUUUUGCUGAAACUCCAAACAAAAAGAACAAGCUCACAAUGAUUGCUGAACCACUAGAAAAAGGCCUGGCUGAAGACAUUGAAAAUGAAAAUGUACAAAUUGGGUGGAACAAAAAGAAGCUUGGUGAAUUCUUCCAAACAAAAUAUGAUUGGGAUUUACUGGCUGCCAGAAGCAUCUGGGCCUUUGGACCAGAUAACACUGGUCCAAACAUUUUAGUAGAUGACACACUCCCAUCUGAAGUAGACAAAGCCCUACUCAGUUCAGUAAAGGACUCCAUUGUCCAGGGCUUCCAGUGGGGAACCCGGGAGGGCCCCCUUUGUGAAGAACCUAUCAGAAAUACCAAAUUCAAGAUACUAGAUGCUGUCAUUGCCAAUGAACCACUCCAUAGAGGGGGUGGACAAAUAAUCCCCACUGCCAGAAGGGUAGUGUACUCUGCAUUUCUCAUGGCAACACCAAGAUUGAUGGAGCCCUAUUUGUUUGUUGAAGUUCAAGCACCUGCUGAUUGUGUAUCAGCAGUUUACACUGUGCUAGCUAAAAGGAGAGGUCAUGUGACACAAGAUGCACCUGUGCCAGGUUCACCUUUGUACACAAUUAAGGCUUUCAUUCCUGCCAUUGAUAGUUUUGGGUUUGAAACAGAUUUAAGAACACAUACUCAAGGCCAAGCCUUUUGCCUGUCAGUGUUCCAUCAUUGGCAGAUUGUACCUGGGGAUCCUCUGGAUAAAACUAUUGUCAUCAGGCCCUUGGAACCUCAGCCGGCUACACAUUUGGCCAGAGAAUUCAUGAUUAAAACUAGGCGGAGAAAAGGUCUUAGCCAAGAUGUGUCCAUCAACAAGUUUUUCGACGACCCUAUGUUGUUGGAGUUGGCCAGACAAGAUGUCAUGCUUAAUUAUCCGCUUUUGUAAUUUAAAUAUUUAAUAAAGUGUUUUUGACACCU